CACACACCUCAUCAGCCAUGUCAUACGCAGCGGCCGCAAAACGCCUCCAGGCCGCGUCCAGGGGACGGCCUUCUGCAAUCAGGCUGAGAUUGCAAGCGGAGCCGUUCCUUGAUGACACUGUCAUGGAUGGUCCUCCGAGUCGUGCACUCUCCGAUCUCAAGACACCACGACUUCGCAAAUGCCCCUUUGAUCUGAACUCGGUUUCCUGGAAGCAUGCAAAAAUCCUUGAUGGUGGCCUGGAUGGGUGUGUCUGGCGGGUCAAUUUUGGGGACCAAGGGCCGUUUGCCCUCAAGGUGUUCUGGGAUGCGGAGCCGCCUAGUCGUCACGAUUGCUACUCCGCCCAGCGAGAAUGCCAGAACAAUGCGCUUCUCCAAAUAAUUGAGGCUGCUGUAGAGCAGGCCAAUGCAGAAUCAAAUCCAAUUUUGGUCAACCCUAACCCGAGAAGCAAGGACGAGGCUAUGGCCAACCUUCUUGCAUUUUCUGGUGAAUCUUGCCCAGUCGAACAAGUUGCACAAGGUUCCAACUUGACUCAGAUCCAGUCAAUCCCUCGCAUAACGAAAUGCUAUGGCUGGCUGAGAUUCAGUGGCCAGGUGUUUCUCGACAUGCCCAGGAGAACAAGGCCACCGUCCAUCGUUGUCAGCAAGGAACCCCGCUCGUUUUCCCUUGACAAGGAGUACCUUGCCAUUGUCUACGAAUAUAUUGAGGAUGGCGAAAAUGACCCUACUGUCGUCGAGCAAGUGGGAGACUUUUUCUACCUUGCAGGGUUUAGUUUUGCGGAGUCGCCGCUUGAGAAGAACUGGAAGCAAGGAGUCCUAAUAGAUUUCUCAGAUAUUGUCCAUCCGGGUGGCUUUGGGUGGGCGAAGCAACUCUAUGGACCAAGGAAAGCUGAAGCGAUUCUGAGGUCAUAGCCAAGUCUACCAUCUGACGCAGUAGAAGAGAUGGGUCACAUAUUUUGGGUGAAGCAUAGAAGGGUGCUGAAUAUUAGCAGGCAUGUUUUUUUCCAUAGAGAGAUUUUCGUAACGACAUUUCAUUCUCUAAAACGCCCGGUCUGUUGGACACAAUGCAGUUGGUCAGUUCCAACAGAGAAAAGGCCCGAGGAUGAUGAUGGG